AUGGCGGAAGCGCUUGUUUCUGGAGUCUUUGAACGACUAACCUCGAUCAGCCUUCAAGUAGCUGAAACCGGGGUGAGACUCGUUGUUGGUGUUAACGAAGAAGUCGAGAAGAUCGGCUCCACUCUGCGCACCAUCCGAGCUGUCCUCGCAGACACAGAGAAAAGACAAGUGAAGGAGCAAGCUGUUAAGCUUUGGCUUGAUAAGCUUCAAAACGUAUCUUAUGAUAUUGAAGACGCUUUGGAUGAAUGGAGCACUGCCAUUCUCAAAUCACAAAUCGAGGAUUCUUCUUUUUCUUCAACUUUUCCGGUAAGAUCUCUUCAACCCUCCGGAAUUUCUGUUCCACGACUUGUUGGGCGUCGUACAACUGCUGUCAUGAUUAAAGAACUAAACGAAAGGCUUCAAGUCAUUGCAAAAGAGAUUAAUGAUUUUUCUUUCAUUGUAAAUCUAACUCGGAACAAUGAAUUAGAGCCUGAAAGAACCAAAACCACUUGGUUUAUUGAUGUUUCUGAAAUACGUGGUCGAGACCAGGGCAAAAACACCAUUGUUAGGAUGUUGUUAAAUGAAAUCAGUGGUGAAGAAAGGGGAAUUCCUCUGAUCUCCAUUGUGGGGAUGGGAGGGAUAGGGAAAACGGCUUUAGCCCAAAUAGUUUACAACGACCGUGAGGUGACCGCCUAUUUUCAGAAGAAACUAUGGGUGUGUGUUUCGGGUCCCUUUGAUGAGAUGCGGGUUCCUAAAGCUACUCUUGAAGCUCUAACGGGUACUCCCUCGAGUUUCAGUGAAUUGAACUCCGUUCUUGAGAAAAUUCAUGAAAAUAUAGCGGGAAAAAGGCUCCUACUUGUACUUGAUGAUGUCUGGAGACAGGAUGAGAAGAAGUGGCAAUCGUUGAAAUACUGUCUCAACAGUGGUGCCGUUCCAGGAAGCAAAAUCUUGGUGACCACACGCAAGGAUAAUGUUGCUACUAUAAUGGAUUGCACCCAAAUUUUCCAUUUGGGUAGCUUAUCUGGAGAAGAGUAUAAGUGUAAGGGUUUGGCACUUGCAGCAAAAACAGUCGGAGGUCUUUUACGUUUUAAAAGAUCUAGAGAACAAUGGCAAAGAAUCUUGGAUAGUCGUAUGUGGGAGCUUGAUGAGGCUGAAAGCGGUCUUUUUUCUCCCUUAUUACUAAGCUAUUAUGAUUUGCCAUCACCAUUAAGGCAAUGCUUCUCAUAUUGUGCCAUUUUCCCCAAAGAUCAUAAGAUAGGGAAGGAUUUGUUGAUCAAAUUAUGGAUGGCUCAAGGUUUUCUUGGAGAAGGAAAUGAGAUGCAGAUUGUUGGCGAAGAGUACUUCGAUAACUUAGCAAUGCGUUCUUUCUCUCAAGAGUUCGAGAUGGAUGAAAAUGAUGAUGGCAUACUUAGAUGUAAAAUGCAUGAUAUCGUGCAUGAAUUUGCUCAACUUUUGAGAAAAGGAGAAUGCUCUGUAGUAGUAAGCAAUGGUCUUGAAGAGCAAAGAGCUGAAUGGUAUCAUGAAAAUGUUCGUCAUGUAAGAGUAAUUCUUGAUGAUGAACAGGCUAUGAUUCCAAGGCCCCUUUAUAGUGCUAAAAAGCUUCGUAGCCUCAUAGUUGAUUCAUGUCCUCAUAGCACAUCAACUCUAAAUGCAUCUUUGUGGAGAGUAUUUGAUCAAUUGACUUGUCUAAGGAUGCUAGACUUGAGCAACAAUAGAUAUCGAAGGCAAACUUCAAUUACUGAACUUCCUCACCAAAUAGGAAAACUGAUAUAUUUGAGAUAUCUCAGUUUGGAGGGAAAUAUAGGAUUGGAAUAUUUUGCCUGA